AAAUAUACAGUAUUACACAUUGGCUACACAAAAAACAGAGCUGAAUUAUUUAUCUCAACUUUAUUUCACUUUAGUGAAUCUCAAGAUCACAUGCUGUUGACUGUUGACCUGACUAAUAAAACGUGUGUGUGUGUGUGUGCGUGUGUGAUUCUAGGUUUGUGUCAGUGACAUCAUCAUCCAGAAGUGUGUAUCUCAGCACAGACUCUCAAACACACUCCAGAAAUCACUGAACUCUUAUGUGGCCUCCAUCAAUCUCUUUCUUUAUUUUACAUUUAUAAUCGUGCAGAUGUGUUCCUUCGGGUAAAGAUAUUAAUAUUCAUGACAAAAGAUCAGUGUUUCCAUCGUCAAGUCAAGAAAUAGAGAUGUAACUGUGAUUCACACUCUUGGUAUAGAUGUGUAUUACUGACAUGUGUAUUGGCUUCAACACACCAUGAUGCACAAUGACAUGAGAUGAGAUGACAUCUACAUGUGUGUGAUGUUUGAUGUCAGUAUAACUCAUAUUAAGGGACAAUCCUUGACACCUAAAACUAUAACAAACCGCUGAAGCUGAACCUUAGACACAAUGUUUUUCAAACUACUAUAAAAAUAUUUACUAUACACUACACAUCACAUCACACAAACUUGAUAAGAUGUCAAGAAAAACGUGACACUGAUUAUGAGCCUAAGAAAUACAAACAAGGACAUUUUUAAAUCCCAUAUAAACACACGACUCUGGACCAAAGAUCACGUGACUGGUGAACUUCUCCAAAAUCCGUGUCCUUAAAGGCACAAGGACAUGCUCCUAAUGCACUAUAACACAUCAUUAAAAACACAUGCUUGAGUUUCAACACAAACGAAUAUAAAAGAGAGAGCACAAUACCAGUGAGAUGGUGUAGAAAGGGUUAAGCUGCCGGACUGUUGCUGCUAUCUAUUGGUCUACGAAGCACGAACUUGAAGAGAAUUGAGAAAAAAUGAAUGUUAAAAGAUAAAAAAGUACCCACCGUUAUUUAAUAAAUAUAAGGGUUUGAUUUAUAUUUGGUGUUCUUGCUUUUUAUUUCAUUCUUUUUUCGAACUCUUUUUAAGUUUAAAAAUGAAGACUUUUAUUUUGAAACGAGACGCUGAGCGGAAGAGAACACGGCGUGUGUGUGUGUUUGUGUUUACUCUGGUAUUUUUAAAGCACUUAAAUCACAGAAGAGUCGUCUCCUCGUUUCUAUAUCAUGGAGUCGUCCAUGAGUGGAAGGGUCAAACGCAGACAUCUGGGCCCGUCAGAGUGUGAAGAUUUGGCGCAGAGCAGCUCGGGGACUCGAUCUCUCACACAGCCAUUCACUGCCGAGGUCAGAAACAAUGCUCCCAAAUACAGACUUCAACCCAGAACACCCACCAAAAAAAGAAGACAAGCUGCAGAAAGUGAUGGACAACAGAAGGGCAUUACAGAGUUCUUCUCUGUGACUGGAGUCAUCAGCACCAGCCCCCAAAAAGACAAGCAGACCCCAGUGAAAGAGGAACUCGCUGAACCUCUGGUCCUACAAGAUGAAGACGUAACACAGGACUUCAUGGAAGGCAUCACAGAAGACAUGUUCGAUGAAGACAUGUUUGAUGAGGUCAGUGUGAAACCUGAAAAGGAGCUCUCGGUGUCUGUGAAAACAGAAGUGGAUGAAGAGUACCCUGUGGACAGUCUCCCUGAUGCCCACUAUGGGUUGCUCGGAGUGCAGGGUGGGGAUGCUGUGCCCCAGGGUCACGUCCAGGAUGUUCCCGAUGAGAUCCUUAGGACCUUGUUUGGUCACCUCCCAGCGGAAGAUCUUUAUCAACACGUCAGCCUGGUGUGCCAGCGCUGGAGAAUGGUCGCCAUGGACCCACAGUUUCACCCUUGGAAGAAGUUAUACUACAGAUACCGUAAACGGGAACCCGAGGCAGUGAAGGAAGUGAAGUCUAUCCUGAAUGAUAAUCGCAUUAACAAUAAGGAUGACUUGUGUCUCCUCAACAUGCUGAGGUACCUGUCAGGAUUCAAACACAGCAAGCGAGUGAAUGUAAAGGAGGUGUUGGAGUGUGUGAAAGCUCAUCGUCUCUACGCUCAUGCUGAGGUCUGCAUCAGACACAGACUGCCAGAUAUGACGGACUCUGAGGGUCCGAACCCUUGGUCUGCCACGGCCCUGAUGUUGAUACUGUCUGACGGAGUGAAAGACGUCCUGGAUUUGGUGGCUCUAUUGCGGAGGUCAGGAUGUCUUCUGACAGCAGAUGGAAUCUCAGAGUAUCUGUGGGCUGUGGCGACUUUGCUUCUGGCCAUGAGAAAGAACAACAUUAAUAUAAGCAACAGGUGGCAUUACAACAUCUUCUAUGCCCUGCAUUUAAUGGAGAACGCGCCUCCUCCUUUGGGCCAACAAAGCAUCAGACCGCUUCAUGUCACACAUGAACAACAACAGAUUCUCAAUCACGAUAUGCAAAAAGACCAUGUUGUUAAGAUAAUGGCUUUUGCAGGCACUGGAAAGACUACGACACUAGUGAAGUACGCUGAGCAGAGGCCACGCUCGCGCUUUCUCUACCUCGCCUUCAACAGAUCUGUGGCAGUGCAAGCGCGACAGUUGUUCCCACGCAAUGUGGAAUGCCAUACGGUCCAUUCAAUGGCCUUCAAAGCUGUGGGAGUGAGGUAUAGGCAGAAACUAACCAGUAAUUUGAAACCGUUUGAGGUGGCGUGGGUCUUGCCGAAGGAUCACGGCGGAUUUGUCAAUGCUAAAGUGGUGACGCAAACCAUGAACGGUUACAUGGCGUCCAUUGACCAGCGCAUUGGCAUGCAGCACGUUCCGUUGGAGUACAAAAACACUCGCGGACAUAUGGUGCAUCCAGAUGAACAGCAGAGAAGGAUGUUUGCAGAUUUUGCACAGAAAAUAUGGGACAAAAUGGUGGAAUUGCAGCGCAGAAAAGAGCGAGCCUACAACAUGACCCAUGACGGUUACCUCAAACUCUGGCAGCUGAGCCGACCGAAGCUGGACGGUUAUGAUGUCAUAUUUAUUGAUGAAGCUCAGGACUGCACACCAGUUAUCAUGGACAUCAUGCUCUCACAGAAGUGUGGAAAAGUCUUGGUUGGAGACCCUCAUCAGCAGAUUUACACCUUCAGAGGGGCGGUGAACGCCCUGCACAGUGUUGCUCACACACACAUCUACUAUCUCACGCAGAGUUUCAGGUUUGGCUCUGAGAUCGCCUAUGUUGGUGCCACAAUAUUAGAAAGCUGUAAAAAAGUCGAGCAGAUAUUGGUUGGUGGGAGUCAGGAUGGAUAUGUUAAAGGAGAGGACACACAAGCACUUGAGCUUCUGAAACAGGGACAAAAACUGUCACAAGAAGGCAGCGUGGCCAUUCUGAGCCGCAGUAAUGUGACUGUAUUUAAUGAAGCUGUCCGACUCACGGAUGCCAACCCCGACUGCAAGAUCUACAUUGUUGGAGGCGUUGAACACUUUGGACUGGAGAAAAUUAUGGAUAUCUGGGUCCUGAUGCAACCUGAGGAAAAACGCAAAAGUGAGAACCUGACAAUCAAAGACUACUUCAUCCGGACUUUCUGCCGUGAGAAGAUGGGUGGAUACGGAGGUUUGAAGGGAUAUGCCACAGCCUCUGAAGACCGUGAGCUCGUGGCCAAACUUGCUGUGGUGGAAAAAUACCACAAACGCAUUCCAGAACUGGUGCAACAGAUCUACGGACGUGUCCAGAGAAAUCCUCAGUGUGCAGAUUAUCUUCUCGGUACGGUGCACAAGUCUAAAGGCCUGGAGUUCGACACUGUGGUUGUGACGGACGACUUCACCAAAGUUCCCUGUGCUCGACACAACCUGCAGAGAGUGGGCAGUUUCAGCACAGCGAGUGUCCCAGAUGAUGAGUGGAACCUGUUAUACGUGGCCGUCACACGAGCCAAAAGAGCUCUUUACAUCACCAAGACCAUCAGCAACUUACACACAUUUGCUGGGGAGUACUUCCUUAGGUCGCAGUUGACUAGCACUCUGCUAAGUUCAGACCCGUCUCCCAUCUGCUCAAUUGCCGACUGUGAAAACCACAUCACAGCAGAUUCAGCCCUCAGCAUGUGUAAACUCCCCAUCAGAUAUACAGACGAUGUGGAUGAGGGAGGUGUUCUUUGUUUGACCUGUGUGGACCAGCGUGUUGGACCCGUCGCCUUCCUUCUCUCUCCUCCUGAAGUGGUCAGAUCCAUGACCUAUACUGAUGAAAGAAUGGCUCUGCCCAUCAACGUUGCCAUGCUGUUAGCUCUGUUUUAAGAGCGUGUCCAUGCAGACAAAUGACUAGCUUUGAGUAGUCCUUUCUUUUUAAAGUGCCUUUUGCAAAUAGUCUGAAACCGGUUUUCGGACUAGAUUUGUGUUUCUAAAUGCUUCUAAACAUAGUUCUGCAGUCCAGCUGAAGAUCUGUGUCACAUUGUGUUUGACUCUUUUAUUUGGAGCACAGUAAACGGUGACAUCACAGUGUUAUUUGGGGAAUAAGCAUGUUAAAGUUUACGUUUCCUGUCUAAAAUGGAGCCGAUCCAAAUCCUCUGUAGCUUCAGUUUCACAGCUGUUGUGAACAGCGCAAAAGUUGAAGUGAAGAGAAACAUUUAGAUUUGGAAAAACAAUUCAUGGAAAAACAGCUUUAUUUAUAUUCAUUGUUGUGCGAGACGAAAACAUUGUAAGGCUUCCAUAAAGAUGGAUGGGAUGGUGUGAUUUGUCAAACUAGGUUUGCACUUUUACUCAUAUUGUGUAUAUUUUCUAUACCGUUGGUCUCAUUUUGUUGCAAGUCACUUUUUAGUUUUUAACUAUGUGAAAAAGUCUGGCAUGCUAAUUUGAUAAAAAAAAAAAAUCCAUGUCAAAUAAUUGUCUAAAAGAAAUAUUUUUUCUUUUUAUCCCUUAUUUUUAUCCCUUAUUUUUAUAUCCCUAAUUAUUUAAUUGUAUGCCGAUUUGUUACAGAAGACAUUUAUCCAGAGCCAUCCAUCAUGUGAGAGUUUAUAAGAAUGUAUAUAUACAUAUGUACGUUACUAAAUUUAAAUUUUGCUGAAAAGUACAAAAUAAAUGCAAGACAGCGUGUUUUUUUCUUCUAUAACCUCAA